GUAAAAGUAGAGUUGUCCCUGAAAUAAUUACGUUAAGAGGCAUUGCUGCUUGAACGCCUCCCACACAUACCGGUAUAGCGGUAUAGCUCAAGUACAACAGCCCAUUGACCUUGCCCUGGCGUUUAACACCUUCCUUGCAUCCGCGUUCCAAACCCGCCUGCCAGGAACUACGCUUUCUUACAACAAGCACUAUUAACCUCUCUUUUCCAGACUUAAGCACUCAGUGUUGCAACCUCGGCAACCGCAAACCUCCGGCAACAGCACGCGACCAAGGAAACGCUCCAUGGCGACGGGACCCGCUCCGCCCCUGCAAUACCAGCCGGGAUUUGGUAACGAGUUCUGCUCCGAGGCGCUGCCGGGGGCGCUGCCGCGAACCCAGAACAGCCCCGCCCAGUGCCCCUACGGCCUCUACGCCGAGCAGCUGAGCGGCACCCACUUCACCGCCCCCCGCUCAUCCAACCGCCGCUCCUGGCUCUACCGCAUCCGCCCCUCCGUCACCCACCAGCCCUUCCACCCCGUGGACUUCCCGCAGCAGGCGCUCUCCGCGCACUUCUCCGCCGCAUCCUCCGCGCUGCUCACCCCCAACCAGCUGCGCUGGCGGCCCUUCCCGCUGCCCGCCGAGCCGGUGGACUGGGUGCGGGGGCUGCUCACCCUGUGCGGCAGCGGCAGCGCCUGCUCCAAGGAGGGGUUCGCCAUCCACGUGUACACCGCCAACCGCUCCAUGAGGUCGGCCGCACUCGCCAAUGCGGACGGCGACUUCCUCAUCGUGCCACAACUGGGCGCUCUGCGUCUCAAGACGGAGUUCGGGCUGCUAGACGUGGCGCCGGGGGAGGUGGCGGUGGUGCCGCGGGGGGUGCGGUUCGCGGUGGAGCUGCAUGCGGAGGCGGCGCGGGGGUACGUGCUGGAGACCUUCCAGGGCCACUUUGCGCUGCCGGAGUUGGGGCCCAUCGGGGCCAACGGACUCGCCAACCCACGCGACUUCCUGCACCCGGUUGCCUGGUACGAGGGGGGCCCGGCUGCUGCUGCUGGGGGGGGUGCCGCUGAGGGGCCGGCUGCUGGUGGUACUGCUGCUGCUGCUGCUGCUGCUGCUGCUGGUGCCCCCGGAGAGGUGUGCUACCGUGUGCUCCACAAGCUGGGUGGGCAGCUGUUCGAGGCGCAGCAGGCCUUCUCGCCCUUCAACGUGGUGGCAUGGCACGGCAACUACCUGCCGUACAAGUACGACCUGGCUCGCUUCUGCCCCGUGAACUCCGUCGCCUUCGACCACCCAGACCCCUCCAUCUUCACCGUCCUCACCGUACCCUCCUACACGCCAGGCGCGCCCCCCACCGCCGACUUCGUGGUGUUCCCGCCCCGCUGGCUGGUGGCGGAGCACACCUUCAGGCCGCCCUACUACCACCGUAAUACGGCGUCGGAGUUCAUGGGCCUCAUCCGCGGGCAGUACGAGGCCAAGCAGGACGGCGGCUUCCUGCCCGGUGGAGCCUCGCUGCACACCUGCAUGACGCCGCACGGACCCGACACCGCCACGUUCGAGCGGGCGACGCAGGGGGCGGAGGAGGGGCCGGCGCGGCUGGGGGAGGAGACGCUGGCUUUCAUGUUCGAGACCAACGCCGUCCCACGGGUCACUCCCGCCGCCCUGAGCUGCCCCUGCGUGGACCGAGACUAUUACAAGUGCUGGGAGGGGCUGCGGAGCCACUUCGACCCCACAGCGCUGCCGCCGGGAUUUGAGCCGCGGACUGGGAAGAAGGGAGGCGGCGAGGGGUCCGAGGCGGCGCAUGCGAACGGUGCAGGUGCCGAGAACAAUGGGGGCGUCGCAGCGGCGAGCAAGGCAGCGGCGGGUGCGGUGCUGGAGGCGUAAGGCGUGCAGUGUGCGAGGAUGUGUGUGGGGGUGCGAUGCGGGUGGUAGGGUGGGGCGCAUUGAGCCGGCUGCUGCCGCUUUGUUGCUGCUGCCUUCCCUUCCCCGGCGGUUGGACGAGGGGGGCGGCGCCUAGAGUCGUGGCGGGUGCUGGGCUGUGUAUCAUAUAGCAGCUUUGUAAGGUGGGAGCUUGCCUUACGGCAAUCUCCCGUGUAUACUAUCUCCGACUUUAUAGAUUUAUAGUCGUCCAUACAGAUUAAGAGUGACGUUGCCAAAGCAGUGACCGACCCGGCGGUGUUGCUGGAUGGCGAGGCGGGUGUACGACGAUAAUUGAUGUACAGCAGGUCACGGAACUGAAGACGUGCGUCUGGUGUACGAUAUUUGCUGGAUUGAUUGCUGGCCCCUUCUGUUGACUGGUUUAUGACAACCGUUGCGUUUGUAGUUACAUAGGAAUUAUCCAUUGAAUAGUUUGUACCGCUUAAAACUGAGUAGGUGCUCGUGGAUUGGCAGUUGAGGGGAAGAAUGCGAAAUCGCCUUGCAGUUUUGAUGUUGAAAUUUGUCUCACGGCCAUGGUAUUUUUGCCCCCAAACGCACUCCCAACGAAAGCCAUGCAAUGGUUGGGAAUACGAUACUAAUGGGGGCUUAGGAAGCACCACAGUACUCCAUAUGUAUUUCUACGCCCGCAGCGGCCGUUGCUUCCGCACAUGUAUACAUUCAUUGCGCGUUGUUUUCUUGUUGUUACCGUAUUUCAUGCUUGGCAGUUGACAUACCCGGUUGUUGUUGGUGCAAACUUGUGUCCAAGUGCGCACACUGCAGGCUCCCAGUGCGGCCCUGCAGCCCAGCAGACGCACGGAGGUGUCCUGUCAGGUGUCUUUAGUGCAAGGCAUGAGCCCGCGAAUAGGUGAUGUUUCACGGCUGAAGCUCUGGUGCGCUCGCUAGGAUGGAUGCCUGCAUGCCGCCGGCCAAGGCUUUGGGUAUGUUUCGCACGGUAUGUGCCGCAGACGGGCGCAUGUGAUGUGUAAGAGAAAGAAUGCUAUCUCCCGUAGAAAGGCC